GUUGCACAAGUAAAAUGUACUAUCGAAGUGUUUAGUAAAGACGAUUAUGUAAGUUUAUGCAGGAAUUGACAUGUAUCUUGAUAGAAAAGUUGGAGGGUUUUGAGAAACUUAAGCUUGAGAAAGUCUGAUCAAGUAAAACCCAUACAGCUCCAUCAUGGACAGUUCACAACGAUUCAGAAAUGAAGAGUUUUCUCCAAGAUGCAGUUCAGUCCUGCAGGAGAGAUCAAAACCAGAGCCCAGCUCUGUGUCAAUGAAGAGUGACCAGUCAAUGGAUAAGCCAAAACAAUUUAAGAGUGGAAACACACAACCUAGUCUCAGACCAGCCCAAAAAACACCUGCUGAUAGGACACAUGAUCAGUCUGUGAAACAACCACAGGAUUUUAAUGAAAGCACGUGUCCUGGUUUGAGCCAUGACUCUGAAGUCCUCAACACAUUUAGAUCAAACCUGAUGAAGAAGUUUGAGUGUCUGUAUGAGGGAAUGGCAAAACAGGGAAACCCAACACUGCUGAGUGAGAUCUACACAGAGCUCUACAUCACAGAGAGUGAGAGUGGAGAGAUCAGUAAUGAGCAUGAGGUGAGACAGAUUGAGACACAAUCCAGGAGAGCAGCAACAGAGGACACAGCCAUUAAAUGCAAUGACAUCUUUAGAGCUUUACCUGGACAAGACAGAGCCAUCAGAACUGUGCUGACAAAGGGAGUCGCUGGCAUUGGAAAAACAGUCUCUGUGCAGAAGUUCAUCCUGGACUGGGCUGAAGGGAAAGAGAAUCAGGACGUCCAGCUCAUAUUUCCACUUCCUUUCAGAGAAAUCAAUCUGAUGAAGGACAAAACACUCAGUCUUUCAGAUCUUCUUCAUAAGGACUAUGAGAAGAAGGUGACAGAUGAAGACAUGAUCCUCAAACUGGGGAAGCUGGCUUUUCAGCAGCUUGUGAAGGGAAAUCUGAUCUUCUAUGAGGAAGACCUGAGAGAGUGUGGCAUUGAUGUGACAGAAGCAUCAGUGUACUCAGGAUUGUGCACUCAGAUCUUCAGAGAGGAGUUGGGCUUGUAUCAGGGGAAAGUCUUCUGCUUUGUUCAUCUGAGCAUUCAGGAACAUCUAGCAGCUCUGUAUGCACAUCUCUCAUUUACCAACAACAACUACAAUGUGUUUGACCAAACCAAACAAAGUCUGUUCUCCAAAGUUUUCAAAUGGAUGAGUUCAGUAUCUAAGUUACAUCAGAAAGCUGUAGAUGAUGCUUUACGGAGCAAGAAUGGACAUCUGGAUCUUUUCCUGCGUUUCCUUAUGGGUCUCUCAAUGGAGUCCAAUCAGGCUCUCUUGAAAAAACUACCGACUCAGGCAAGAUGCUGCUCCUACAACAAAGAGGAAACAGUUCAGUACAUCAUACAGAAGAUCAGGGAGAAUCGCUCUCCAGAGAAAUCCAUCAAUCUGUUCCACUGUCUGAAUGAACUGGGUGAUGAUUCACUGAUGCAGGAGAUCCAAGAUUACCUGAGAUCUGGAGAAAUAAGAGAAACCAAACUCUCCUCUUCACAGUGGUCAGCUCUGGUUUAUGUGUUGCUGACAUCAGAGCAGAAGAUGGAUGUGUUUGAUCUAAAACAGUUUAUUGGAGCUCAACAUACAGCAGAUGAAGUUCUUCAGAAGCUGCUGCCUGUGAUUAAAGAAUCCAGAUCAGUUCAGCUACAUAGCUGUUAUCUCACUGAUCAUUGUUGCAGAAGUUUGUCUUCAGUUUUACAAUCCCCAAACUCUAUCCUGAGAGAGCUGGACCUGAGUAACAAUGAUCUGCUAGAUUCAGGAGUAAAGUUUCUCUCUGAUGGAUUGAAGAGUCCAAACUGUAAGUUGGAGAUCCUGAAGUUAUCUGGCUGUAUGGUGACAGAGGAAGGCUGUGGUUAUUUGUCUUCAGCUCUGAGUUCAAACCCCUCACACCUGAGAGAGCUGGAUCUGAGCUACAAUCACCCGGGAGAUUCAGGAGUCAAGCUGCUCUCUGAUACACUGAACAAUCCAAACUGCACACUGGACAAAUUCAAUGUGGAUCAUGGAGGAGGGUUCAGGAUUACAGCAGGACUACAAAAAUAUGCCUGUGAUCUCACAGUGGAUCCAGACACAGCACACAAUCAUCUCAUUCUGUCUGAGGAAAACAGAAAGGUGACACAUGUGAGAGAAUAUCAGUCAUAUCCUGAUCAUCCAGAGAGAUUUGACAAGACUCUUCAAGUUCUGUGUAGAGAGAGUCUGUCUGGACGCUCUUACUGGGAGGCUGAAUUGAGUGGAGAUGCUGUUAUAUCAGUGACAUAUAAAGGAAUCAACAGGAAAGGACGGAGUGAUGAUUGUGUGUUUGGACGCAAUAAGAACUCCUGGAGUCUGAGACGCUCUAAUGACAAAUUCACUGUGUGUCACAAUAACAAGUUCACCGACAUACGUGUCUCUUUAGGCUCAUGUAGGAGAGUAGGAGUGUACGUGGACGUGUCAGAUGGCACUCUGUCCUUCUACAGUGUCUCUGACACGCACACACUCACACAGUUGCACACAUUCACCUCCACAUUCACUGAGUCUCUCUGCGCUGGAUUUAGGGUGUAUGGUUUGAACUCCUCAGUGUCUCUAUGCGAGAUUAAAAAACCUGUGAGCAACAGCAAAGAUGACACACCCAGCCCACUCUCUCUUUGAACUGUUGCCCUCUGGCUGCUGCUACAGGGCACUGACCACCUGAACAGCCAGGCACUAGAUCAUUUUCCCCCCAACAGGCUAUAUUCAGCCUGAACAGUUAAAACUCUCAUGACUAUACAGUAUCCACCAUAACUAUGCAUUUGUAAAUAACCUAAAAAUUGUUUAUUUGUAAAUUACAUAAACAGUACACUUACAAAUAGUGUAU